GAGAUUUGGCCUCUAGACCCUGAAAAGGUUAAUAUUAAUACAAGUUUUCUUUCAUAACAGGUCCUGGCUCAAGCUGUAGAACUGCUUUUUGAUCGCAUUGACACCAUGAAUGUAUGCUGUUUUGACAGGUUUGUAAAUUGGUUUUCGUACCACUUGAGUAACUUUCAGUUUAAAUGGUCAUGGGAUGAAUGGCUUGAGGCAUCACAACUAGACCCAAUGCACCCAAGAGCCAAGUUCAUAAUUGAAGUGCUUCAGAGAGCCAUGAGGUUGUCAUACCGCCAGAGAAUUGCAGAAGUUGUUCCUGAGCAGUUUGACUGUUUUGUACCGCACAAACCAGAACCUAUAUACAAAUAUGCAAAUGCUGAUGCUAGUGAUAUACCAGGUGCCGAUGCUGCUCAUCAACUUGAAAAUGUGAUUCGAGCGAAGGGAACAGGAAAUGAAGUUCUGCAAGUGCUCAACGAACUUCCAAACCCACUGCGGGAAAAUGACGAGACAGAUCCACCCUAUAACCCUCUUCAGAUUCAAGUCUUUGUUCAGACUUUGCUUCAUCUUGGCUCCAAAAGUUUCUCUCAUGCAUUUGCUGGAAUAUCAAAGUUCCUCAAGGUAAUUUCUUACUGUUGUCAAUCAUAUGAAUACAGUUAUGAUAUUCAACUACUAAACUGUUGGUCAUGUAGAUCUUUGUUGCUAGGAUCAGUUUCAGUACAGUUGAUGUACAUAAAAUUCAAAGCACUCUCAAAUUUGUUGAGUGGCAAAUUUUGGCCUAGACCUGAGCAAAUGGGUGUGCAUAGCAUUAGAAAAAAUCCUGCUUCACUUAGUGCAUGAUGGGACACCUAAUAUCUGACCCUGCAUUUUCAU